CACGGUCUGCUGCCAGCUCUGGGAGACGGAGUCGCAGCGCGCAGCCCAGCCCGGGACGGAGCUGGGCGCGGUGCGAGCCUCGGGAGGGUCGCGGGGAGCGGGGGCGGGUCGCGGCCAGCCCGCCAGGUCGCGCCACCCGCCCCCGCCCCCGCUCCGGCGCCCGCCGACCUGAGACUGAGCGCGCCAGCGCGCCGGGGCCAAGCCUCCGGGACAGGCACCGCGAAGAAGGCGGCCGGCGCGGGCUCUCGGCGUAGGCGCAGCGCCCCUUCCCCUCAGUCUGCUGGGCACCUGCUGCGCACCUGCCUCCGCGCCCGGACCCCUUCCCCCGCCGCGAGUCCCGGUUCUUCCCCUGCAGCUCUGCCCCCUCUCUGCCCCAGCCUAGCGCUCUCCCCUCUGCGACCUGGGAGAAUCGGAGUGCCUUCCAGGGUAGUGGCCUCUUGCAGAUGCUGGCCCGUGCCCGGGUCCCGAGCUUCCAGAGCGCGAAGGGAAGGGUGGGCAGAGAGGGCGCUGGGCGAGCGUGGUCUGGCGCUGGGCCCUGGCUGCGCACCAGCAGGCUGCGCCGGUCUCUGGGGGCUUCGCCCAGGAUCCCCGACGGACGGCGGAGAGGGGAAGCCCAGAGCCUCCGGUUUCCCACCUAGGCGGGCAGGGGGGGACACGCAGAGCAAAGGCACCCGGCAGCCUGAACCCCCAGGCCUGGUCGCCCAAGGGGACUUCUGGCUUGGCCUCCCAGCCUUCGGAUGGUGGCGUUGUUCUAGUUCAGUCCUCGACCCCAGGCCACAGGAAAAUCGAGAGAAGAAACUUCUUUGGGGAGGGUGCCAUCGCGCUGGCUGUAUUUCUGAGUCCAUCCAGGUCUUGGCGGUGCUAAUGGCUUUGAGCCUGUUUCUAAACUCCCAAAGAAUACGAGCGUGCAAGGGGCAGGACACUCCGGUGGACAUGGGUGGGGCCCUGGGGCUGGCCCUGUUGCUCACCUCGCUCCUUGGUGCCUCGGCAGGGCCGGGUCCCGGGCAGGGCGAGCAGGGCGUGACGGUGGCCGUGGUGUUUGGCAGCUCGGGGCCGCCCCAGGCCCAGGUCAGUGCCCGCCUCACCCCUCAGAGCUUCCUGGACCUGCCCCUGGAGAUCCAGCCACUCACCGUGGGGGUCAACAACACCAACCCCAGCAGCCUCCUCACCCAGAUCUGCAGUCUCCUGGGUGCUGCCCGCAUCCACGGCAUUGUCUUUGAGGACAACGUGGGCACCGAGGCAGUAGCCCAGAUCCUUGACUUCAUCUCCUCCCAGACCCACGUGCCCAUCCUCAGCAUCAGUGGGGGCUCCGCUGUGGUCCUCACCCCCAAGGAGCCGGGCUCCGCCUUCCUGCAGCUGGGCGUGUCUCUGGAGCAGCAGCUGCAGGUGCUAUUCAAAGUGCUGGAAGAGUACGACUGGAGCGCCUUCGCGGUCAUCACCAGCCUGCACCCGGGCCACGCGCUCUUCCUGGAGGGCGUGCGCGCCGUCGCCGACGCCAGCCACCUGAGCUGGCGGCUGCUGGACGUGGUCACGCUGGAGCUGGGGCCGGGCGAGCAGCGCGCGCGCACCCAGCGCCUGCUGCGCCAGCUCGACGCGCCGGUGUUCGUGGCCUACUGCUCGCGCGAGGAGGCCGAGGUGCUCUUCGCCGAGGCGGCGCAGGCCGGCCUAGUGGGGCCCGGCCACGUGUGGCUGGUGCCCAACCUGGCGCUGGGCAGCACCGAUGCGCCCCCCGCCGCCUUCCCCGUGGGGCUCAUCAGCGUCGUCACCGAGAGCUGGCGCCUCAGCCUGCGCCAGAAGGUCCGCGACGGCGUGGCCGUCCUGGCCCUGGGCGCCCACGGCUACCGGCGCCAGCACGGAACCCUGCCAGCCCCGGCCGGGGACUGCCGCGCCCACCCUGGGCCCGUCAGCCCUGCCCGGGAGGCCUUCUACAGGCACCUUCUGAAUGUCACCUGGGAGGGCCGAGACUUCUCCUUCAGCCCUGGUGGGUACCUGCUCCAGCCCACCAUGGUGGUGAUCGCCCUCAACAGGCACCGCCUCUGGGAGAUGGUGGGGCGCUGGGAGCAUGGGGUCCUAUACAUGAAGUACCCCGUGUGGCCUCGAUACAGUGCCUCUCUGCAGCCUGUGGUGGACAGUCGGCACCUGACGGUGGCCACGCUGGAAGAGCGGCCCUUUGUCAUCGUGGAGAGCCCCGACCCUGGCACAGGAGGCUGCGUCCCCAACACUGUGCCCUGCCGCAGGCAGAGCAACCACACCUUCAGCAGCGGUGAUGUGGCCCCCUACACCAAGCUCUGCUGUAAGGGCUUCUGCAUCGACAUCCUCAAGAAGCUGGCCAGGGUGGUCAAAUUCUCCUAUGACCUGUACCUGGUGACCAAUGGCAAGCAUGGCAAGCGGGUGCGCGGCGUGUGGAACGGCAUGAUCGGGGAGGUGUACUACAAGCGGGCAGACAUGGCCAUCGGCUCCCUCACCAUCAAUGAGGAGCGCUCUGAGAUCGUGGACUUCUCUGUGCCCUUUGUGGAGACGGGUAUCAGCGUGAUGGUGGCUCGAAGCAAUGGCACUGUCUCCCCCUCGGCCUUCUUGGAGCCGUACAGCCCUGCAGUGUGGGUGAUGAUGUUCGUCAUGUGCCUCACCGUGGUGGCCAUCACAGUCUUCAUGUUCGAGUACUUCAGCCCUGUCAGUUACAACCAGAACCUCACCAGAGGCAAGAAGUCCGGGGGCCCAUCUUUCACCAUUGGCAAGUCUGUGUGGCUGCUGUGGGCGCUGGUCUUCAACAAUUCAGUGCCCAUCGAGAACCCCCGGGGCACCACCAGCAAGAUCAUGGUUCUGGUUUGGGCCUUCUUCGCUGUCAUCUUCCUUGCCAGCUACACGGCCAACCUGGCCGCCUUCAUGAUCCAGGAGCAGUACAUCGACACUGUGUCCGGUCUCAGUGACAAGAAGUUUCAGCGGCCUCAGGAUCAGUACCCACCCUUCCGCUUCGGCACGGUGCCCAAUGGCAGCACGGAGCGGAACAUCCGCAGUAACUACCGAGACAUGCACACCCACAUGGUCAAGUUCAACCAGCGCUCGGUGGAGGAUGCACUCAGCAGCCUCAAGAUGGGGAAGCUGGAUGCCUUCAUCUAUGAUGCUGCUGUCCUCAACUACAUGGCAGGCAAGGACGAGGGCUGCAAGCUGGUCACCAUUGGGUCUGGCAAGGUAUUUGCCACCACUGGCUACGGCAUUGCCAUGCAGAAGGACUCCCACUGGAAGCGGGCCAUAGACCUGGCGCUCCUGCAGUUCCUGGGGGACGGAGAGACACAGAAACUGGAGACUGUGUGGCUCUCAGGGAUCUGCCAGAAUGAGAAGAACGAGGUGAUGAGCAGCAAGCUGGACAUUGACAACAUGGCGGGUGUCUUCUACAUGCUGCUGGUGGCCAUGGGGCUGGCCCUGAUGGUCUUCGCCUGGGAGCACCUGGUCUACUGGAAGCUGCGCCACUCGGUGCCCAACACAUCCCAGCUGGACUUCCUGCUGGCUUUCAGCAGGGGCAUCUACAGCUGCUUCAGCGGGGUGCAGAGCCUGGCCAGCCCACCGCGGCAGCCCAGCCCAGACCUCACGGCCAGCUCGGCCCAGGCCAGCGUGCUCAAGAUGCUGCAGGCGGCCCGCGACAUGGUGACCACGGCGGGCGUGAGCAGCUCCCUGGACCGCGCCACUCGCACCAUCGAGAACUGGGGUGGCGGCCUCCGUGCGCCCCCACCGCCCCCCUGCCCGACCCCGCGGUCCGGCCCCAGUCCGCGCCCGCCCACUCCCGGCCCGCCCCCAGAGCCGAGCCCCAAGGGCUGGGGACCGCCAGACGGGGGUCGCGCGGGGCUUGUGCGCAGGGCUCCGCAGCCCCCGGGCCGUCCCCCGACGCCUGGGCCGCCCCUGCCAGAUGUCUCCCGAGUAUCGCGCCGCCCAGCCUGGGAGGCGCGGUGGCCGGUGCGGGCGGGGCACUGCGGGAGGCACCUCUCGGCCUCCGAGCGGCGCGCGCUCCCACAGCGGCCCCUGUCGCCCGCGCUCUGUCACUACAGCUCCUUUCCUCGAGCCGACCGAUCCGGGCGCCCCUUCCUCCCGCUCUUCCCCGAGCCCCCGGAGCCGGAGGACCUGCCGCUGCUCCGGCCGGAGCAGCUUGCUCGGCGGGAGGCCCUGCUGCACGCGGCCUGGGCCCGGGGCUCGCGCCCGCGCCACGCUUCCCUGCCGAGCUCCGUGGCCGAGGCCUUCGCUCGGCCCAGCUCGCUGCCCGCCGGCUGCACCGGCCCCGCCUGCGCCCGCCCCGACGGCCACACGGCCUGCAGGCGGUUGGCGCAGGCGCAGUCGAUGUGCCUGCCGACCUACCAGGAGGCCUGCAAGGAGGGCGAGCAGGCAGGGUCCCCGGCCUGGAGGCACAGGCAGCACGUCUGCCUGCACGCCCACGCCCACGCCCACCUGCCGUUUUGCUGGGGGGCAGUCUGUCCUCACCUCCCACCCUGUGCGAGCCAGAGUUCCUGGCCCACUGGGGCCUGGGGGUCUCUGGGGCACAGGGGUAGGACUCUGGGGCUGGGCACAGGCUACAGGGACAGUGGGGGACUGGGCGGGGUCAGCAGGGUAGCCUGUGGGACGCAAGGCUUCCUGGGACCCUGUACCUGGAGGCGGAUCUCCAGUCUGGAGUCAGAAGUGUGAGUUAUCAGCCACUCAGUCUCCUAGCCACCUGGAUUCUCUGCCUGACACUGUCAGGGUUAAGGGGCAGGCAGGAUUGGGCUUUUCUGGCUUCUACAAUGAAAUCCUGGCCAUUCAACCCCAGUGACAGAUGAUAUCUUCCAUGGUCAGCUCGGUGACCUCAGCAGCCUCAAAUCAUGGUGUGGGCUGGGCUUUUGCUGUCCUCUUGUCAUGCAAAGUUCUGCCAGGAGGGUGUGCUGUGGGGGUCAGACCCUGAGGCUCUCUCUGCCCUGGGGCUGGCCGGUUCCUGGUCAUGGCUGCUGUGGGCAUGGAGGCUGGAACCUGUGGUUGAGGCAGGGCUAUCCUGAUCCUUGCUCUGCCUGGCUGGAGUUUCUUCUCAUCAGAGCACUGGGACAUUAAACCAACCUUUUACAA